AUGCCUCUGAGCAAUGGCUUCUCCGACAGUCCCGCGAUGGUCCCGACUGCCUCUCAAGAGAUCGGGAUACAGACCCCAAACACUUCUUCGACUGAGAUUGGAGCUUCGAACCUUCCCCUGGCCGAAAAGGCUCCCACGCAGCCUGAUGUCGAGGAAUCCAUGGACGCUCGAAUCGAACGGCUCGGACGAGAACGACCACCUACCUUCAAAUCAAUCUGGGCCGAAGUCGCCUUUGUGUUUAGCAUCAUCAUGUCCCAGAUCUUGACAGAAUAUUUUGUCUCCGGAUUCAACGUCAUACUUCCCAGAAUCAUCCACGACCUCAACAUACCACAAGCAUCUAGCGUCUGGCCUGCUACCGUCUUCUCCUUGGUUAUUGCAAGUACUCUUCUGGUAUUCGGGAGACUUGGGGACAUGUGGGGUGGAUAUCCCGUCUAUGUGUUCGGAUUGUCGUGGCUGACAACUUGGAGUAUCAUCUGCGGAUUCAGCAUUAAUCCUCUCAUGAUGGAUCUGUGUCGAGCAUUCCAAGGCCUUGGAGCGGCAGCUUUCUUGCCCACCGGAGUCAUGCUGAUGGGAAGUGUCUAUCGACCUGGACCUCGCAAAAAUCUCGUGUUCGCUCUCUACGGCACCUUUGCCGUGGUGGGAUUCUUCAUCGGCAUCUUCUGUGGCGGGAUUGUUGGCCAGUUCCUCACAUGGGGAUGGUACUUUUGGAUCGGGGCCAUUCUCACCGUCAUCACUAUUAUAACAUCGAUCUUCUCUAUCCCCAAUGAUCGAAAAGAGCGACUUCGAAAUGGCAUCACGAUGGACUGGCUUGGGGCUGGCACUAUUGUCUCCGGGCUAGUUCUGAUCGUCUUUGCCAUUACCGAAUCGGCGCAUGCCGAACAACGUUGGCGUACACCCUACAUUCCGGCACUGUUCUGUGUGGGGUGCAUAUUGCUCCUGAUCGCAAUUUACGUAGAGGGUUGGGUGGCCAAGGCGCCGUUAUUGCCGGGUGAUAUUUUCACCGUCCCGUGCAUGACACCACUGGUGAUCGCAUUGCUUCUGCUUUAUGGGAACGUCGGCAUACUCCUUCUUUACGGAACCCAGUAUUUUCAAAAUAUCAUGGGCGCCACUCCACUCCAGGUCGUUGCAUGGUUCACCCCGAUGGUUGUCGGCGGAUUGAUCCUCAGCACCCUGGAAGGAUUCAUCCUUCACUUAGUGCCCGGACGCUGGCUUUUGGUCAUCUCUGGUCUUGGAGCAAUCGGAGCACAGCUUCUCCUGGCCCUGAUACCCGAAGGUGGGAAUUACUGGGCAUGGAUCUUUCCCGCGGCCAUUCUUGGUACCGUUGGUAUCGAUCUGUCGUACAACCUGAUGGCCGUGUUCAUCACAACACAGUUGCCCAUAGCCCGACAGGGUUUGGCAGGAGGGUUGAUCAAUUCGGUCCUUCAACUGGGCAUGGCCUUGCUUCUCGGUCUCAGCGAUAUUAUCCAGUCAUAUACGGUGGAAGAAGUCGGACUCAAGGAGAGUUAUAAGAACACGUUCUGGUUCGGUGUCGCCGCCGGUGGUGCAAGUUUGGUUUUAAUACUGAUCUGGGGGAAGGUGCCUAAAGCAAAGAGUGAUCUUACGGCAGACGAGAAGUUGGAGUUGAUGCGGGAGGCAACAAAGCUUUCGUCAGGGAAUCGUCAGGGGAAUGAUGAUGCAUGA